AUGGGAAUGCGCGGAGUCGAGCCGUUUGUCGUCAACACUGACGGCCAGGCGCUAGAACUGUCGCCGGUGGGGCGGGGAAACCGGCUGCAGAUCGGCGUGGAGCUGACGCGGGGGUUGGGCGCGGGUGGCAACCCGAUGAUCGGGCAGCACGCGGCGGAGGAGAGCCGGCUGAUGCUGCAGGCCUCGCUCGCUGGCGCGGAUAUGGUGUUCGUUACGGCGGGGAUGGGAGGCGGAACGGGCAGCGGCGCAGCGCCGGUGGUGGCGGAGGUCGCGCGGAGCCUCGGGAUCCUCACAGUCGGCAUUGUGACUCUCCCGUUUUCGUUCGAGGGACAGCGGCGCGCGGCGCAGGCGGUGCGCGCGCUGGAGGAGCUGCGGGGCGCGGUGGACACGCUGAUCGUGAUUCCGAACGACAAGCUGCUGAGCGCCGUGGACGCCAGCACGCCCGUGAACGAGGCGUUCGUGAUGGCGGACGACGUGCUGCGCCAGGGCGUGCGCGGCAUCUCCGACAUCGUGCAGGUGCCGGGGCUGGUGAAUGUGGACUUUGCGGAUGUGAGGGCGAUCAUGGCCAAUGCAGGCUCCUCGCUCAUGGGCAUUGGGGUCGCCUCAGGCAAGCACCGGGCUCGGGAGGCGGCGCAGCAGGCGAUACAGUCGCCGCUGCUGGACACGGGCAUAGGCAACGCCACGGGCAUCGUGUGGAACAUCACUGGCCCGCCCAGCAUGACGCUCAGCGAGGUGAACGAGGCAGCGGAGCAGAUCUACCAGCUGGUGGACCCGCGCGCCAACCUCAUCUUUGGCGCUGUUGUUGACCCCUCUCUGGCUGACGAGGUCAGCAUCACUCUCAUUGCCACGGGCCUGCACUCCCCCUCGUAUGUGCUGCGGUCGCCGUCACCAGCAUCAGCAUCACCAGUACCACCAGCACCGACCCAUGUGCCCAGGCAACCAUCACCUUCACCCACCUACUCCCGCACCUACCCUCCCCCCGCCGCCUACCCCUCUGCCUACUCGCCUCCUCCCGCUCCCAUGCCCCUCCGCCCACCCCCUCCAUCCCCCUCCUCCGCCCCCACUGCUUCCCCCCUUCCCUACCCCGCGCCCACCUCCUCCCCCGCCUAUCCUCCACCCCCCGCUCAAGCCCCUGAGCGCGCCAGUGGCAACAUGAGUGCUGCGCGUAGGGGGGGUUAUGGGUGGGCGGAGGAGGGGAUGGGGGUGGCUGCGUCGGCAGUGGGGGUGGAUGGGGCGAGGAUCAAAGUGAUUGGCGUCGGUGGAGGGGGGUCGAAUGCGGUGAACCGCAUGGUGCUGAGCGGCAUGCAGGGGGUGGAGUUCUGGGUGCUGAACACGGACAGGCAGGCCAUGGCGCUCUCCCCAGUGGACAACACCCACUGCAUCCAGAUCGGCGGCGCUCUCACGCGCGGCCUUGGCGCCGGCGGCAACCCCAGAAUAGGCGAGAGCGCCGCAGAGGAGAGCCGCGACGUGGUGCAAGCAGCAGUGGCAGGCGCGGAUAUGGUGUUUGUGACCGCGGGGAUGGGGGGAGGGACCGGGAGUGGGGCGGCGCCAGUGGUGGCGGAGGUGGCGCGCAGCAUGGGGAUUCUGACGGUGGGGAUUGUGACGCAGCCGUUUUCGUUUGAGGGGCAGCGGCGGAAGCUGCAGGCGAGGGACGCGGUGUCGGCGCUGCGGCAGCAUGUGGACGCGCUGAUUGUGAUCCCGAAUGAUAAGCUGCUGGCGGCCGUGGGGCAGAGCACGCCCAUCAAUGAGGCGUUCACACUUGCUGAUGAUGUGCUGAGGCAGGGUGUCAGAGGCAUCUCCGAUAUCAUCCAGGUGCCGGGGCUGGUGAAUGUGGACUUUGCGGAUGUGAGGGCGAUCAUGGCCAAUGCGGGCUCCUCGCUCAUGGGCAUUGGGGUCGCCUCAGGCAAGGGCAGGGCGAAGCUAGCAGCGCAGGCAGCGAUCCAGUCGCCACUGCUGGACGUGGGCAUUGAUCAGGCGACGGGCAUCGUGUGGAACAUCACCGGGCCCUCCGACAUGACCCUGCUCGAGGUGAAUGAGGCAGCGGAGGAGAUUCAUCGCCUCGUGCAUCCAGACGCCAACCUCAUCUUCGGUGCUGUUGUUGAUGACUCACUUGGAGCAGAUCUGAGCAUCACACUCAUCGCCACGGGCCUGCGGGAUCAGGGCCCUCAGGUUCCUCCGGCAUCUCGAGUGGUCGGAAACAGAGCAACCCCUGUACAGUCACAGCCCAUGACCCAGCCGCCGCCACCUCCUUCGCCUCGCACAACAGCCCCUAACAUCCCAGAAUUCCUUCGGCGCAGAGCGCGCCGAUAG